AAGCCGUAGCUCGCCGUGUCAGUGUUGCGCUUUCACGGGCGGGAAGAGCGAACCGUGAAGGGUCCGGGGUUUGGUGGAAACCGCUGGAGCCUUUGCUCUCUGCGCAUCGUUGAUCCGCGGCGCACCCGUGGAGCUGCUGGGACCGGACCUCUGCGUACGUAGAACCGGUUUGGAGUGCGGGGCAGAUGGAGGACCCUCCCGCGGGUUCUGGCGGCGCAUCAGCGGAGGGCCCCGCGGCGCAGGUGGCGGAUAUGUGCUGGCCGACCGAAGCGCUUCCUUUGCGGCUGCUGGAGUGGAAAGUGAAGCCCGGGUCACUGGUGAACGUGGACUCUGUGAUAGCGCUGUGCGCGGUCGUGCCCCGGGAGGAGGCGGAGGAGGGCGUCCGGCCAUCGGAGAAGAAGGUGAAGUCGGACCGUGCAGGAGUGGUGAAGGAGCUCUGCUGCCAGCCCGGACACAUCAUUCCUCCGGGGGGUGUGAUUGCCAGAAUCGAAGAAUGCAGCCAUCCCAUAGUCAUGAAGGGUUUAUGCGCCGAAUGUGGCCAGGAUCUGACCCAGCUUCAGGGGACAAACGGGAACCAGCAGACCCCCAUCUCCACAGCAACCGUCUCCAUGGUGCACAGUGUCCCUGAACUGAUGGUCAGCUCUGAGCAAGCCGAGCAGCUGGGCAGAGAGGACCAGCAGAGGCUGCAUCGGAACAGGAAGCUGGUCCUCAUGGUGGAUCUGGACCAGACGCUCAUCCACACCACAGAGCAGCACUGCCAGCAGAUGUCCAACAAGGGCAUUUUCCACUUCCAGCUGGGCCGGGGGGAGCCGAUGCUGCACACCCGCCUGCGGCCCCACUGCAAGGAAUUCUUGGAAAAAACGGCCAAACUCUACGAGCUGCAUGUCUUCACGUUCGGGAGCCGCCUCUAUGCACACACUAUUGCUGGUUUUCUGGAUCCAGAAAAGAAGCUUUUCUCCCACAGAAUUCUUUCCAGAGACGAAUGCAUCGAUCCAUUCUCCAAGACGGGAAACCUUAGGUACCUCUUCCCCUGUGGGGACUCCAUGGUCUGCAUCAUCGAUGACCGCGAAGAUGUUUGGAAGUUUGCACCCAACCUCAUCACUGUGAAAAAGUACGUCUACUUCCAGGGCGCCGGAGACAUCAACGCCCCCCCGGGGUCCCGGGAAGCACUGGCGGCCAGGAAAGGAGGACUUCCUUGCAGACCAGCAGAGAACGCAGAACAAUCUGGAGCUGAGGAGCAGAACAACGGUCUGAAGAAACGGGCCAAGGAGCAGAAGGAGGACUGCGCCUCCUCUCAGGGAGCUGCAGUGAGUGAGCGGACACCCCUUACCAGGAUCGAGGAGGAGGACAAAGUUGCACAUAAGGGGUCAGAAGCGGAGGCUGGCAGUAUGGUGGAGGAGAACGAGCCUCAGCGGGAGGACGGGGCAGACAUGAAGGAUGGAGGAAGGACAGUAGAACCACAGGACGCUCCCGGCUGCUCCAAUCACCUGGACGUCAGCAUUUAUAGUGACACUGUCUCUGAAAAAACGAAAAAAACGCAGUCAGCCGACAAGGACUUGGAAUCCAGUCGGGAAUCGGAGGAGCAAGAGCCCUCUGAUGGGAAUCCUCCAACCAGCAGAGACAUGGAGAAAAGCUCUGAACCUUCAGGGGUCGUCCUUCCCGACCCCGAGCUCGGAAAUGGUUGUCUGGAGAGGAGAGAGCCCGAGACGGAGUCCCAGAACAGUGAACAGUCUGGAGUCACCAUGGGGGAGCUGCUGGACCAGAGCAUGGAAGAUGAGGAGGAGGAAGCUGACAACGACCACGAUGAUCACCUGAUCUACCUGGAGGAGGUGCUGGAACGAAUCCAUGCAGAGUAUUACGCCCGCUACGAGGCUUACCUGAGAAAGGAGGCCGGCCAGAUGCCGGAUAUCCGUAAGAUUGUUCCGGAGCUGAAGAGCAAGACUCUGGAGGACGCCACCGUAGUGUUCAGUGGUCUGUACCCAACCAAUUACCCCAUGGACAGGACUCGUGAGUACUACCACGCCAAAGCUCUGGGGGCAAAGGUCAGCAGGAAUCUAGUCCUCAACCCUCAAGAUCCAGGCCGGACAACACACCUGAUCGCAGCAAGAGCAGGUACAGAGAAGGUCCGGCAGGCGCAGGGCUACAAGCACCUUCAUGUGGUCAACCCUGAUUGGCUGUGGAGCUGUCUGGAGCGCUGGGAGAGGGUGGACGAGCAGCUGUACCCUCUGAAGGACGACUACUCAAAGACGCCCCGGAGCAACAGCCCAGCAGCGUUUACUGAAACCAGAGGCCCGGACGUACGACCCCGUCACAGGAAAGCUCAUCCGCAGGGGUUCCAACGUGCAGCGCCCCCCAUCCUACCUUCAGCCAUCAAGUUCUGAACCCCGAGAUCAGCCCAGCCUCAGGGGGGCUGCGCCCACUCAGCUAAAGGAGGCGGCAGGAUGUGUUCAGGAUGGCGAGCAGGCGGGGCCAUCUCGGCGCAGACGGCAGCCCAGCAUGUCUGAAACCAUGCCCCUGUACACGCUCUGCAAGGAGGACCUGGACAGCAUGGACAGAGAGGUGGACGACAUCCUAGGCGAGGAGAGCGACAACGAGAGCGAGGGCCGCGGGAGGGAGAGGCCGGGGAGCGAGGAGCAGGAGGCUGAGGAGCAGCGCAGACCGCCCCCAGCUGGACACUCGCUUGGAGGGGGGGUCCUUCCACAGAGCCCAGCAGAGAAGCUCCCCACAGCGUCCAGCAGCGACCGGCCAUCCCAUAAUGUCUCCAGGGGUCACAAGCGGAAGCUGGAAGAGGAGGAGGCGAAGGCGAGGCGGAAGGACGGCAGCUCCUCCGAUGACUCCUCCAAGGACUCCAACGAGGAAGAGGAGGGCAGCAGCUCGGAGGCAGACGAGAUGGCCGCGGCUUUGGAGGCGGAGCUGCACGACUUUAUGUGACGAGGACGGCGAGGAAGAGGAGGCCGUCGGGCCUGAAGGUGGAGCAGUAGUUUUGACCAUGAAUGUAAUGAAGGCUCCGUUCGGGACUCGACCUUUGACCUUCACCUUCCGGAAAAACAUCAAACUGUAGAAAAAAAACAUUUUUUUAUCACAGUUUUUAUACUGAUGACGUAAAACACUUCAAUGGAUGGAUUCUAUUUGCCAAAGAAUUUGGAACCGAUGACCUUUGACCCUUCGGUGGAAGCAGCAGGUGGAGGUCUCUGUGCUCCUUCUCCUCCUGCUCUCAUCUCCUCCUCUGACAGAGGACACCUCCUUCUGCUCCUCAAAGGGAAACACUUUCAUAGUUUUCAUCAAUCAGGGAAAUCUCCUUUUCUACCAGCACCCCCACUAUGUUGAAGUUUGUUUUCGUCUGAGCUCAAGAGUCACGGCUGAUGUUAUAUGAGAACGUUUUUUUAAAACACACCUGGGGGGCGACAGGUGAGAAAGAAAAACCCGUUUGGUUUAGUAAAAUGUCCAGUUUUUUAAAGUUUGGUUCGUAAAUCCUGGUUUUUGUGUAAAUCCCAGAUCAAGUAUUUGCUGCAAACAUUUAAGUGUUCCCCCCUCCUCAUGAUGGGGGGGUCAGCUCUUUCCUUAUCCAAACCUUUUUCUGUCCUGUCAAUGGAGAAAAAAACUUUUGUUUUUAUUAUUUCAAAUAAAGUUGUGUAAAGUUGUUGUGACUUUUUUGACUUGAGCCUCAAAGAAAAACUGCUUUUAUUGAAUAAAGAUGUUUCUAUAAAACCAA